AUGGCGAAUCUCUUCGCAUUCGUAGGUGAGCUGGCUGAUGACCGCAACGCGCUAGUCUCUCGAAGCCGCGAAGCGCUGCGCAAUCUCAGCCGGAGUGACGACUGCGUGGUGCUAUACCUCCCUUUUAGUCAUCCGAGCUCGACUGCCAACGUGCGCUCGCCCCUUCCGGAGGCGUUGCAGGCAUUGAACAAAACAGCGGUGGUGGAAAUUCACAGUCCAUCGGCGCGCAACGCGUUGAGUGGUAAAAUGAUGGCAGAGUUGGCUGAUGUCGUGGCGGUUCUCGCGAAAGCGGAGGUACAUGGCAAGCUGAACGCCGUGGUGUUGAGAGGAUCAGGCGGCUGGUUCUGCGCAGGGGCAGACUUGAAAGUAGCCCAGCAGGAGCUGACGUCACCAGAAGCGGGCGCAGCAAUGGGGGCGCUCAUGAUUGACACACUAACGAGGUUUCGACGUCUACCGCUGGUGAGCGUCGCGUGCAUCGAAGGCGGUGCGUAUGGAGGAGGCGCGGAGCUGGCUACGGCGUGCGACUUUCGGGUUUUGGAGGCGAAAGCAGUUAUUCAAUUCGUGCAAGUGCGCAUGGGUGUGUCGCCUGCAUGGGGUGGAGGCGCAAGAUUGUACAAGAUCGUUGGGCGGCAAGAUGCAUUGAGGCUGUUGUGUACAGCUGAGAAACUGUCGGCUCAACGAGCUUUGGAGCUUAAGCUUGCGGACUUGACGUUUGACACUGCGACCGAUUGUGCAGAUGCAGCGAUCUGCAGCUUCAUCACUCCGUUUGAUGUGAUCGCUCCAGCUGUCUCGCAUGGAGCGAAACGAGUUAUCAACAGUGCCGAUGACGUGAGUUUGGAUGCUGUGCUUUCAUAUGAGCACGAUGUAUUUAAAUCGCUCUGGGGUGGCCCAGCAAACCUUAAGGCUUUGGAAGGUGCUCUCAAAACGAAGAAGAAAUAAGCAGUGCCAUUGUUAGCAUGGCUUCCGUAAAUUAAGCCAUCUGCCACAUCUAAUCGAGAUGACAUUUUUUCUACUGCUUGUCAAGGUCACUUGCCAUUGAGAAUUUAGCACGGUGUGAAACAGGUGGAAUGGCUAGUGUGAUCGAUGACUACGAGGAAAGCUGGGAAUCAGCGGAGGUUUCGGUGGGCAAGAAGAGUGUGAUAUUUGCUACAGAUGGACAAGUCUUUCCUGUGGGAAGUGACGAAUGCGCUGCUCGAGAUGUUGAACCAGCAUUACCACAAGAUCACGAGU